AUGAAGGAGUUUCAAUCGAUCCAUGGCUGCGUAAAUGGAAAUAAAACUGUGGGAUUGUGCUCAUCUAAUUUUAUGAAAACACCAACCACAACAAACAGUUCAAUUCUAUCUGCUAUGACAAAUGUAAGUAGAACUAAAAGAAACAAUGGAAGAGUUGUGAAGGAUGUCGCAACAACAGAUUUGGAAUACACUGUCAGCAAAAAGAGAGUUGCCCAGUAUAAAGGAAAAACUCGAACUCUAAACAUUAAAAGUAUGUCAAGUACAGAUACAAAUGACAAAAAAAGCUAUAAGAGAAAUCGUGAGGUGACAUAUAACAAUGUUGCAGCAAAUUGUGAAGCGGAUACUAAUUCGUACCAGAUAGAUGAGUUACAUAACAUUGGCAGUGUGCAAAAUAUUUCUGUUAAUACAUACUACGAAACCAACAAAAGUCAUUCGGUUCGUACCGGAAAGAUGAUAUCGAAGAGUCAAAAAACCAUACAUUCUGUUGCACGUGGCUUGGAUAUGGAUUCAAAACAUGUAACUUUGGUCGAUGAAGAUUUACAGACUAUACGGGAAAUUACUUCGGAUAGCGGAGAAUCAGAAUAUGUAUCAAAUGACGAAACAUUGACCGAUUCCGACGACGAUGAUGCAUACGAUGAUCUUGGUGAUCAGUCAUACGAAUGCCAAUCAUGUGGCGCAAUGAUGUGGUACGGGGAAAGGAUCGAUAAGCAAAAGGGUACAUCAAAUCCUAAGUUUUCAAUGUGCUGUAAUGGAGGAAAAGUAGAAUUGCCCAAUUUAAUAGAAGCACCAGAUCCUCUAAAGAUUCUCCUAUUUGGUACCGAUCGAAGAAGCAAGCAUUUCCAAGAACACAUACGGUCGUAUAAUAUGAUGUUCUCAUUCACAUCUAUUGGAGGAAAGAUACAGACUACGAUAAACAGAGGAUCCGGUCCGUACACGUUCCUACUCCAUGGACAAAACUACCAUUUAAUGGGUAGUUUGUUGCCAGAUGAAGGAUCGCGUCCCAAGUUUGCUCAGCUUUAUAUAUUUGACACGGAGAAUGAAGUCAAGAAUCGAAUGGAUGCAGUCAGAUCCGGAGACAGUUCCAGCGAAUUGGAUCCUGAGAUUGUUUCUACAUUGAAAGAUAUGGUCGACAGCUCAAAUAUACUUGCUCAGUCUUACAGAGCUGCCCGGGACAGGCUCGCACAGACAGGAAUGGAAGAUGUCAAAUUGAGACUCAUAAAGAAACGGAGUACGGAUGGCCGUACUUACAAUCUCCCGAACUCCAGUGAAAUCGCGGGACUCAUUGUUGGUGAUUUUGAUACCCAGGAGGGUGUUAGAGAUAUAGUGGUUGAGACACGGUCGAAAAAACUGCAGCGAAUCAGUGAGUUGCACCCUUUAUAUCUUCCAUUGCAGUAUCCGCUAAUAUUUCCUUACGGCGAGGAUGGUUAUAGUGAUGAUAUACCACUGAGGGAAACAUCAGUGAGUGGUACACGUAUACGCAAGAAGUUAACAAUGCGGCAGUACUUUGCAUACAGGAUCCAGAAAAGAUUUGGUGACAGCGCGGUUCUGUUGCACUCAAAAAAAUUGUGCCAGCAGUUCAUGGUCGACGCAUUUUCAAUGGUUGAAUCGGAAAGACUGAAAUUCAUAAGAUUUAACCAGGAUAAGUUAAGAGUUGACAUGUACAAGGGUAUCGAGGAAAGUAUUUUGAAGGGAGAUACGGAUGCUAGAUCCAUUGGCACGAGGGUUAUUCUACCAGGCAGUUUUACCCAAGGUCCAAGAUACAUGUUUAACAACUUCGUCGAUGCUCUUCAAAUAUGCAACUGGAUUGGAUUUCCAUCGUUGUUCAUCACUAUAACCUGCAAUCCACAGUGGCCGGAAAUUCAAAGGGCGUUGAGCGGUACUAAUUUGAGACCUGAAGACCGUCCCGAUAUUCUUGCUCGAGUUUUUAAGAUGAAGCUCGACAGUCUGAUGUCAGAUUUGAAGAAGGGCAAAAUAUUUGGUCGCAUUAGAGCAUAUGUUUGCACAAUUGAGUUUCAGAAGCGCGGUCUCCCGCAUGCGCACAUAUUGAUUUGGCUUCACCCUGAAGACAAACCGAAGACAUCAAAAGACAUAGAUAAAAUCAUAUGUGCCGAAAUCCCAGACAAGGUAACAGACCGAAAGAUGUACGAUUUGGUUGAAAAGUAUAUGAUUCACGGUCCGUGCGGUCUGGCCAAUCAAAACUCUCCAUGCAUGAAGGACGGGAUUUGCACGAAGCGAUUUCCAAAGAGUUUUGUAAACCGUACUGAGGCCGAUGCAGAUGGUUAUCCGGUCUACAGAAGAAGAGAAAAUGGGAGGACCGUGGUUAAGAAGAAAACAUAUCUCGACAAUGGUUUCGUCGUGCCUUAUAACCGUACUCUACUGAAAAAGUACAGAGCCCACAUUAAUGUCGAGUUGUGCAACCAGAAUAAAUCGAUAAAGUAUUUAUUCAAGUAUGUCAACAAAGGACACGAUCGGGUCACGGCGGCAUUUUAUCAAUCAAAUAAUCCAGGUGCAACUCCUGAAUGUCGCGAUGAGAUAAAGAUGUACUACGACUGCCGAUAUCUUUCGGCAUGCGAGGCUGCUUGGAGGUUAUUAAGCUUUGACAUUCACUUUAGAGACCCACCGGUGAUUAGGUUAAGCUUUCAUCUUCCGGACAGUCAGUCUGUUGUGUUCACAGAUAAUGACUCAUUAGUUGAUGUGCUGAACAGACCGACUGCGAAGCAAACGAUGUUCCUUGCUUGGUUCCAAGCCAAUAAGCUGUACCCUGAAGCUAGAAAUUUGAGGUAUGGAGAGUUUCCACAGAAAUUUGUCUAUAAGGAAAAAGCUCGCUGUUGGAUGCCGAGAAAGAUAGGAUUCUCGAUCGGAAGGGUUACCAAUGUACCGCCGGGCAGGGGUGAGGACUAUUACUUGAGACUGUUGUUGAACUUCCAAAGAGGUUGCAUGUGUUACGAUGAUCUUAGGAAAGUCGAGGAUCACGUCUACCCAACUUUCAAAGAUGCGUGCUUUGCGCUUGGACUACUAGAUGACGACAAAGAGUACAUAGCUGGCAUAAAGGAGGCAAACGAGUGGGCCAGUGGUGACUAUGUGAGACGAUUAUUCGUCGUACUUUUGGUCGCAAAUAAUAUGAGCAGACCGGAACAUGUGUGGGAGUGUUGCUGGAAAGAAUUCACCGAGGAUAUUGCGUACAGACUGCAACAAAGUCGUUCUAAUUCAGGUCCACCUGUGUCAGACGAUACUCUGAGAAACUGCGGUUUGAUCGAAAUAGAAAAUAUAUUGCAAAGUAACAGCAAAAGCCUGAGUAACUUUCCCCCAAUGCCGAUUCCAAUUGGGUCGAUGUCGGACGACACGGUAAAUAGAUUAGUUCUCGACGAGUUGGACUAUGACGUUGAUGCUAUGCGUGAAGAACUUAAAAAAUACCUUUCAUCCAUUACUGAUGAGCAGAAAAAAGUGUUCGAUGAUAUCAUGGAUGCUGUUACAAAUGACAGAGGUGGACUGUUCUUUCUUUAUGGGCAUGGAGGAACGGGAAAGACUUUCAUAUGGAAAACUUUAUCGGCUGCUAUCCGUUCAAAAGGAGAAAUAGUUAUAAAUGUUGCUUCCAGUGGUAUUGCUUCGCUUCUACUUCCAGGUGGCAGAACUGCUCAUUCUAGAUUUGGACUGCCAAUAAUUGUACAUGAGAGCUCCACAUGCAGCAUCAAACAACAGAGCCCACAGGCAGAAUUGUUGUCUAGAGCAAAGCUAAUCAUAUGGGACGAGGCACCGAUGAUGCACAGGUACUGUUUCGAAGCACUCGACAAAACAAUGAAAUCUAUACUUGAUUCAGAUAUGCCAUUCGGAGGCAAGGUUGUAGUGCUUGGAGGGGACUUUCGGCAAAUUUUGCCAGUUGUGUUGAAAGCGUCGAGACAAGACAUUGUGCAUGCUACAAUCAAUUCGUCACCGUUGUGGAGGCAAUGCAAGGUUAUGAAGUUAAACAAGAACAUGAGACUUGAGUCGUCCUCCUCUUCAGCCAAUGCAGAUGAAAUACGAGAAUUUGCGGACUGGAUAUUGAGAAUCGGCAAUGGCGAUGCUGGCGAGAUAAAUGACGGUGAUGCCACAAUUGAAAUUCCCGAUGACAUGCUGAUUCGGAAUUCUGCAGAUCCCUUUCUGGAUCUUAUAGAGUUUGUCUAUCCCGAUCUGGUGACCAACCUUUUCACUCCCGAGUAUUUCGAAGGCAGAGCAAUCCUUGCACCCACUAAUGAAAGUGUCGGUUUUGUGAACGAUCAUUUUUUGUCGAUCAUAGCUGGAGAGGAGAAGGUCUAUUUCAGCUCAGAUAGUAUGUGCAAGGAGGAGUUGUUAUCGGAUGUCAACGCAGAAAUAUACUCACCGGAGUUUCUCAACACCAUAUCAUGUUCCGGAAUUCCACCGCAUAAGUUGACAUUGAAAAGAGGUGUUCCCGUUAUGCUCAUCAGAAAUAUCGAUCAGGCCAGAGGAUUGUGCAAUGGAACAAGGCUUCAGAUUAUUAAUAUGGGAAAACACGUUCUCAACUGCAGAAUCCUGUCCGGUAAACAUGUUGGUGAUAUGGUGUUCAUUCCUAGAAUGACUUUGGUACCGUCCAACUCUGCAUUGCCUAUUAAAUUCCAGCGACGUCAGUUUCCGUUAAUGGUAUCAUUCGCAAUGACAAUCAAUAAAAGUCAAGGACAAACUCUUUCUCACGUGGGCCUGUACUUGCCGAGACCUGUUUUCAGUCACGGACAGCUCUAUGUCGCACUCUCGAGGGUUAAGAGUCGAAGUGGCAUAAAGAUUUUGAUUAACUCGGAAUCUGGUGAUACGACCAACGUUACAAAUAAUGUUGUAUACAAGGAAGUUUUUCAGCGUAUAUGA